AUGUCAUUAUCAACGCGAAGUUAUUCAAAAGAAUCUCGCUCAUCAUCAAAUUAUUCUCGUUCAUCUUCAUAUCAUACAAGUGGUAAUAAUAGUUAUAAUUCUUUAUAUCGUUAUCGUAAUUUUAUUGAUGAUCGUCCAUUAAGUACUCGUUUAAUUGAACGAGAUUUUUCAUGUCCAUCACUUGCAUGGAAUUGGGAUUUUGAUGAUCCAUUUUUUUUUGAUCGAAUUCGUUGGCGUUUUGAAAAUGAUUUUUUAAAAUUAAAAUCAGGAUUAGGACGUAAUAUGCCUAUUAUUUAUCAAACAUGGAAUAAUUCAUCAUCAAGAAUGAUACCUAUUCAAUAUACUCCAUCAUCAACUAAUCGUCAUCAUCAAUUAUAUAAAAAAACAGACAAUAAUGAUUAUCUAACAUCAAAUUUUUCUAAACAUCAUGAUGAAAAUUCUAUGCAACGAGAAAAUCGUAUUUCAUCUGAUGAUUGGCCAUCAAAACUAGAACCUCCAACUCGUAAGCGAACGAGUAUGACAAUAUAUGUUCGACAACCUUAUAUUGAUCAAAUGGAUGUACCUUAUUAUCGUCAAACACCAUUAACACCAACUUAUCCACAAUCAGCCAGAAUGGACUAUUAUUAA